AUGACAUGUGAAGCAUUUUUUGAAUAUGUUGCCGAUAUAUUUUAUCCUUGGUUGAUUAAGAAUAAAAUAGCAUUACCAGUUAUUCUCUUUGUUGAUGGGCACAUAUCUCAUUUAUCAUUUCAAACUAGCCAGUUUUGUGAAGAAAAGGGAAUCGUGUUAGUGGCACUUUAUCCUAACGCAACCCAUUUAAUUCAACCCAUGGAUGUGGCAGUAUUUAAACCACUAAAGGAAGCAUGGAGGAGGCGUGUACAAAUUUGGAGGGUUGAUAAAAUAAAAAAUGAUGAGCCUCACGUACUUAAGAAAAAGGAUUUCGCUAAGUUAUUACACGAGGUAAUGGAUAAUACCAUAACUAAAUCAAUUUUGGCAAAUGGCUUCAGGAAAUGUGGCUUAUUUCCGUGGAACCCGCUGGAGGUAAAAGUCCCAGUUGCGAAUGAGAGAAGCAAAAUUCAGGACGAUAGUAAACAAAUUCAUUAUCUGAAAAGGGGCUUACAAUUUUUAAACGAUAAUAUUAAUCCUGAAAAACUAGAAACUUUUGAAUCAAUAUUGGGAGAAUGGUCCGGCGAUUUGGUUGAUUUAUCGUUAUUCAAUUUGUGGAAAAAAACAAAAGAUGAACUGAAAAUGCUACAACAAUUUAACCAAACUAACGGUUCUACAUUAAAAGAGGUUGGAUCGUUAGGUGUUACCGUGGAUGAUUGCCUAAUAUCUGAUCCGCAUCUUGUAGGAUUUGGUUCAUCAGCCAUCACCGGUAUAGACAAUCUACUUCAGCUGGCAACGGAACAGUCAGCCUCUAGUAAUACUGAUGGUGUUUUGGAAACUACAAUGGAGUCAUCAGCAACAGCGAUGCCUAUUACUAUUGGUGACGAGGUGCUAAUGCCAAUAUCAGGAUCGCCAGCAAUUAGCAUUGCUGACGGUAUAUAUGAUACCACUCUACAUCAAUUAGACAUCACAGCUCCUGACGGUAUGCUUGAAAUGAUUCCAGAAUCUUCAACUAACGCUGUUGUUGAUGGAUUAAAUUCCGGUAUAUACAGUGUUGCUAGCACUUCUGACGCUGUACCAAAUAAUGUACCUAGUCCCUUUAAGAAACAUUUCUUUUACAAAACUAACAACAAAAAGGACACACCUAAAACACGUCUUAAAGAAAGAAUACCUACUAUAGUUUCAGGAAAAACUUACCAGGAAUAUUUACAGAGGAAAUUGGAGCAAAAAAAAGAACUUGAGCGACUAAAAAUAGAAAGGGCUGCUGAAAAGCUAAGAAAGAAAGAAGAGAAAGUGUCACUAAAGAAAGUCAAGGCCCUCAAAAUAAUAAAACAUACCAAAAUAAAGCGGGUAAAGAAAAAUCUCCGAUUCUCUUCGUCAAGUUCUGACUCGAAUGCUGUGGUCUCUUCAGGAGAAAGUGUGAAAGAGUCAGAAAAUGACACUGAUCAAGAAUCUAUCAUUGUGGGUUUGAAACCUCCUCAAAGAGUAGAUGGUGAAUUUGUCAUAUUUAAGUACGAAAAUAACUUUUAUCCCGGGAAAGUACUAAAAGCAAUGAAAAAAACAGCUACAAUCUCAUCGAUGAAAGCAAAUGGUCGGUUGUGGAAAUGGCCGGAUCAUAAAGACGUGCUUGACUAUCCUUGGGAUGCAGUAGUUGCUCAUAUAGAAGAACCAAGAAAGACCAGUUCAACGAGAAAUGUAUUUGAUGUUCCAGAGAUACAUUCCUUUAUAUAA